CUAGGGUGGAAAAAGCCCAACGGGAAUGGAGGGCGAACUUGUCCAGAGCGAUUCUGGCUGGGGCUACUGAACCGAGCCUAGAAAUAUCGGAAGUGAGCGCCCCGCCUCCCCCUGCUAAACUGAUUCAAGAGGAUUGUGGAACCACGGAACUCCUUCCGUGGCUUUCAGAACGGCGAAGUCGUCGAUUUUGACUCACCGGGAGGACUGGGAAGAGGCUCCUCCUCUCUCGCCCUCCCCAACCCGCGCCCCGAUCACAAGGUACUUGGGCACUUCGCUUCCUUUCUGCUCGGAGUUGGAGAAGCCAAGGUGCAUGGUGGGGAAGUCCUGCUGGCCUGGAAGUGGCCGCCAUGGCGAUGAAGCGGGCCCUUCUGUUCACACUGGCACUGCUUGUGGCGGAGGUUGAAUCUCCAUCAUUGCAUCUCAGCUGCGAAAAAGGAGAAUAUGCCUAUUCUGGGCGGUGCUGCAAAAAGUGCCCUGCUGGUACCCAUGUUGAAAAUGAAUGCAUUGUUCCACAUAAUCCAGGGACAUGUAAAGACUGCACAGCAGGAGAGGACUACACUGCUUAUGAAAAUAGUUUAGACCAUUGCUUGCGUUGUGAAGAAUGCAGAUCUGGUAAAAGAAUGGUGAGGCCUUGCACUGUGACGAGUAACACUGAAUGUCAGUGCAAUGAUGGGUAUUACUGCCCUCCAGGCUGUGAAGAAUGCCUCAGGUGCACGGAAAAAUGUCCAGAAGGGCAGACUCUUCUGCGAAAAUGCAAUGCCACUGCAAACAUAGAGUGUGGGGUGUCUCCUGAAGAAGCUACAUAUGACGUAAAAAUUGUUGUGAUCAUCGUCUUUGUGAUUGUUGCUGUUGCUGUUGCUAUUUUGACCACAUUCCUGUGGCUCUGUAAAAAGGAAUUCCGCUUUUUUAAAGAGGACAAAGUAAAAGAAUCCCAAGAUCUGUUGGUACCAGAAGCCACACGUCGUGUAGUGAUAGUUACAAAUGCUUCUCAUAAAGAGUUGAAGAGUCUCUAUUUUGGUAUACGUGAUGAGGUGCCACAGGAGGAUUAUAAGACACUUGUGAGGAAGAUGGGUUUAUCGGACAAUGACAUUACCAGAAUAUGCCGUGAUAAUCCUUAUCAUGCUGACGAACAGGAUUAUCAGAUGUUAAAAACUUUACAAGAUAAACUUGGAAUUGAGAGAUCUUUAUGUGGCCUAUUAGAUGCACUGUGGGACAUGAAACUUAAGCGCAUUUAUGAAAACUUACUAAAUCAAUUAAUAAGCAAUGAUAUAGUAACAAUGGAGACCAAAGAGUAAUGUCUUGGUUUAAAAAGGAAAAAAAAGAACAAGGCUGCCAAGGAUUUGCAAAAAUUACUGAUAUGGUGAUCCGUUCCAUUAGUCCGGAGGAUUAAGUGAUGCAUACGUUCAUUUUGUAACAUGUAAACUUGACAGUCAUCAUUGUACUCAAACCUCUGUGAAUUGCUGUACUUGAAAGUGAACUUGGGCAUCAGUGUUUAAAAAUCUCAACUUGUUUGGUGUCCACAUUGUGAAAGUGGAUUUGCACAAUACAAGAUAAUGUAACUCUAACAACUUCAUUUGGUAUCAGAAAAUAUGUUAAUCUUUGAGACUGAACAAAAGGACUGUAGUUUAAAGUGUAUUAUUCCACAAAGCUUUUUCUUGGUAUAUAGAUGUUUUGUGUAAAAUGCAUUAUUACAACCAAAUUUCACUACAAUACCUUGUUAUUACAUGAACUGGUGUUUAUGGAAUACCAAAUUGAUAUGUAUGAAUGAUGUACAGCAGACUGAAACUAGGAGGCAUAGUUUCAGAUCCAGAUCCUCGAGUACAAGCUCCGGUGUGAUAACUGCCCUCCACAGAAAUAAACAAUGAGGAAGACUUUGGAGCUAAAGCAGUUCUGUGUUUGCAUUGGCAAUUUUAAGACAAGAGACUACUGAAUUGGGGCAUAUUGUCACCAAAUUCUGUGCUGUUUAAAUGAAAUCUUAGUAUUCUGUAUUUGAUUUUUUUUAAAAACAGGUUGGGAUUUCUUAUGUAAAUAUUUUGUAAUAAAGGAGUUCACUGUGUGCUAAUA